UAAGCCAGCGAAACAGUUCCUUCAUGUUCAUGGCUUUUACCAUAAUUUUUCUCAUUUUCCUCACAUUUUCCACAAUAGAAGCUCAACAAAGAUCCACAAAUAUAAACCUAAGCUCUUCUCUAACACCUACCGGAACCAACUCGUCUUUGUGGCUCUCACGUUCCGGUCUCUACGCCUUCGGUUUCUACCCGCAAGGCAGCAGUUACGCUGUCGGGGUUUUUGCUGCCGGCAUUCCGGAAAAGACAGUGGUCUGGACUGCCAACCGAGACGAUCCACCAGUCCCGAGCAAUGCCACCCUGGGAUUUAGUGGUAGAAGGUUCGUUCUCAACAUUCCACCGAACCAAAACACAAACAUAGCUAAUGUUUCCGAGUCGAUUUCCGCGGCAUCCAUGCUGGACUCGGGCAAUCUCGUGCUUUACAACUCCGUUGGAGAGAUAAUCUGGCAGAGCUUUGAUUACCCAACGGACACCAUUCUCCCAGGCCAACCUCUCAUGAAUGGGAAUAAGUUGAUUUCCAGGGUCUCAAAAGGCGACCACUCAACUGGGAUUUUCCGUCUCGAGAUGCAAGGUGAUGGGCACCUCGUCUCAUACCCGUUAGAAUAUUACGGGGUCCAGUAUGCUUAUUGGGGAUCUGAGACGUGGGGAACCGGCAAUAACAUCACACUAAAUCUGGAUGACAAAGGCCUUCUCUAUCUGUUGAACGAAACAGGUACCAACAUUAUAAAGAAUUUGAGCACAGCAGAAUCCUCGAAUGAUGGAAAAAUCUAUCGCAUGACAUUCGAUGCAGAUGGAAUCUUUCGAGUCUAUUCGCUCAAAAUGGAUCCAAAAGGCAACUGGUCGGUUAUCUGGUCUUCGUCAACGGAUAAGUGCGAUCCCAAAGGCCUGUGCGGCCUAAACGGAUAUUGCGUUCUAAACUUUACCGAGGCUGAUUGCAGUUGCCUCCCGGGAUUCGAUUCUGUAAAUCCCGAGAUUUGGAGUCUCGGGUGCAAGAGGAUUCUCCCAGGAGUGAGUUGCGACACCAAUGGCAGCAGUGCUAAGUUUGCUAUGGAAAAAAUUGAAAGCAUUAUAUUGGAAGACCUAAAUUAUAAGGAGACCGAAUCAACCAACAAAGAAGAAUGUGAACAAUCAUGUUUGGAGGACUGUAAUUGCGAAGUCGUGUUAUACAGUGCGGAAAACAAAUGCAAACAACUAAGGCUUCCUUUGACAUAUGGAAGAAUAUUGCCAAGUUCUUCGCAAGUUGCCUUCAUCAAAAAGAUGUCGGGAAAAGAACAUCCGCCUUCCCCUCCAGAGAGAACUAAGAAAGAGCUGACUCCAGAGGGUACAAAGAAAGAGCUGCGAUUAGAUACUGUCCUAAUCAUUGGAGCUUCACUUGUUACUUUUGCAAUCAUGGCGCUAACAUUUUCGGGAUUUCUUAUUUAUAGAAAUAGAGUUAUGGUAUAUAAAAAGAUUUCGGAGAGAGGGCAUAUUGAAUUCGCCGGGGAUAUAGUUCUGCGAACCUUUACGUUUGCAGAACUAGAGGAAGUAACAAACAGGUUUCGAGAGGAAUUGGGAAGAGGAGCGUCCGGAACUGUUUACAAGGGCAUGCUACCUUACAACCAAAAGGUUGUAGCGGUGAAGAAGCUCGAGAAGGCGUUGGCAGAGGGGGAAAGAGAAUUCCAGAGGGAGAUUAAAGUAAUUGGGCGAACUCAUCAUCGAAACCUAGUGCAACUCAUCGGGUAUUGCUUUGAUGGACCGAACAGGCUUUUGAUUUACGAAUACAUGUGCAACGGAUCACUUGCAGAUUUUCUCUUCACGCAUGAAAGGCCCCAGCCGAAUUUGGACGAAAAAGUCAAAAUUGCUCGCAACAUUGCACGCGGUAUUCAUUACCUGCACGAUGAGUGCGAGACCCAAAUCAUCCAUUGUGAUAUAAAGCCUCAAAACAUACUCAUGGACGAGCACUGCUGCGCCAAGAUCAGCGACUUUGGAUUGGCAAAGCUUUCAAAGGCAGCGGACCAAACCAAAACCUACACGGGGAUAAGGGGAACGAAGGGUUACGUGGCGCCCGAGUGGCAUCGGAAGCUACCGAUUACCGUGAAAGCGGAUGUCUAUAGUUUCGGGAUCGUGUUGUUGGAGAUCAUAUGCGGUCGAAAGUGUUUGGACUGGAGCCGUAGCGAAGACGAAGCUGUGCUUGAGAACUGGGUAUACGAUUGUUAUGAGGCGGGAGAAUUGGGGAAAUUGGUGGGGGAGGAAGAAGAGGUGGACAUGAGGAAAUUUGAGAGGACGGUGAAAGUGGGACUUUGGUGCAUUCAAGAUGAGCCAUCGCUUCGUCCUUCGAUGAAGGAAGUUUUGUUGAUGAUCGAAGGAACUAUUGACACCCCAACACCUCCUAGUCCUACUUCCUUUCUAAGUGCCGUAUGA